CUCUGGACCUGGAUGUUCCCUCUCAGGUGGAGGUGCCCUCCACCCGCCUGUAGAGGCUGCACCGCCCCCACCUCAGGUGGCCUGGAACCCCCCCCCCCUGCAACACACACACAAACACGGUUUUAUUUUUGGAGCGGCACGGUGUCUCACUCCCCGAGGCUUCGGUUGAUUCCGGGGGGGGAAGUGGCCCCGCGGCACUCUGAGCCGGGAUUAACAAGCAGGGAGCAGCCCCCCGCCGAAGGGGUCUGAAAAUGCUGAUGGAUGUCGGCUAUGUUAACGGGCUGGUGCCGGACCUUUCCCAGCAGUAUCCUCCGCCCUUACUGCCCAAACCGGGCAAAGACAACGCCAGGCUUCAGAAACUGAAGAAGAAGAGAGCCAAGAAGAAAGGCAGCCUCUCUCAGACACCCGUCCCCUUUCGUUCCUGCUUGUCGCCCGUAAACGAGGCGAGCACGGACCUGGAGCACAGCGACCAGUCCAGCCCGCCGAGGACCCCGGAUUCUGUCUACGCUGCGGACCCAUCUGUGUUCAGUUUCCCCUUUGAAUCCCUGUACGAUCGCCCUGAAUCUGCGUUCCCUCAUCCUCGGCGCAGCCCCUACGGCCCAUCGGGCGGCUUCCCACCACUGUCCUACGUAGCUCAGGGUAGGACUUGUGAAGAGCAGGUGGCUCCGCUGUACGAGUGCUCCUCUUUUCUGUUCGAUGACGUGACUCCUUUCAGGCUGCCACCUUCAGUUUUGGCACCCCCAUCGCCACCUGAGCGGCUUCCAGCACCGACUCUUCCCUCUGCUUUCAACUCCAACAUGACACCAAAUUCCCAUGAGCCAACAGUCCCUUUAGAAGCUGUGUUGCAGUCCAGCACUAAAAUAUCAACACACAGCCUUACCCUAUCCCCGGCCGCCCCCAACUGUGGCCCAGGAAUGGCCCCCUCUCAGGUUUCUGACCUACCUCCUCUUCCAGCGCUGCUAUUAGUUCCAAACUCUCAAACACAACCCUUUGUUCCCAGCAAGAGGGCAGCAGAUGACAGUUUGAAGGGCAACGCCCGAAGCCGGACGGCGCCCUGGACUGCCAGACCCGCCAGUGAUGCCAACUUUGUCCCAAGCCAGAUGUCUCCUGAGAUAACCGCCUCAAAAAUAUCCCUUGUUGAACCUUUUAAAGAGACGAGGCCUGACGCCCUACAAAACCGGGUUUAUACGUCAAAGGCAACAUUUUAUGAGAUCUCUAAACCUCCUUCCAUCCAGGACCUAACGUCUGCAUCACUACCUGACGAGUACAGGAAGAAAACAGCUGUUUCAGUAGUGAAAGCUGAUCAGAAAUGGAAUGCGCCAACGUCCCAACGUGGAAGACCUAAGACUCCCUCUUCAGCACCAGCUCGAGUGUCCACGCCGUUCAUUGAAAUAUCCAAACCUAACCCACUUUUAUUUGCUGCUUUCAAGGCCUCCCAAGAGCCACAAGCUCCUACAAAUACAAACGAAAGCCCAAGACAGAAAUCAACGAUUCAAACCAGUUUUGUUAGUAAGCUGCCAGCUGCACAAGAGGAACUGAAAAGAACAGAUGUCCAUCACAUCACUGCUAUCAAACAAGUCAGCGGUUAUGAAGAGAUUGAGACAAAAAAGAGUACGAUAAAUCUAAACUUAGCAUCAAGUGUGACUGCACUUGACACUGAUGCGGUAAAACCAGAACUAAUAGAACCAGUCAUUCAGGUUUCUGAAACUGAGGCUUCGUCUUUGCCAAAAGUCCCAUCAUUUCUUUCCACUGUAGCAAAUAAUUCAGAUCUGGACGCUACGGCGGUGAUUUCCAUUCAAGCACCUGUGAGCCCCCUCCUGUCCCCUCAUUGCCCCCCGGUGGUCGAUGCACGCAAGUCUUUAUUGUCACUAUUGGAGAAUCAAAUGUCGUUAGCCACCUCAAAACCCAAAUCACGAUCAACAUAUUAUGGGCUCACUCCAUCUGAAUAUGCUGCCUACGGAGGGAUAAGGACUAAAGCUUCCCAUCACAGCCCUGCCCCCCCCAGGGUUAACGGAACCUCUUCAAACCAAACCGGCAUAGCUUUAAACGUGCCACGGUCUGAUGGAACACAAGAACUCAAUGGACAUCAAGAUCGUCUGUCCCCAGUGGAGCUUCCUGGUACUGGCCUCGUCCAGCGUCAAAGGGAUCUUGAGCUUGAGCGUUUCGUCACUCGUAACAAAGAUGUUUUUGAGGAAACUCAGUCUGCAGCUCAAAGUAUUGGAAUGCAAUCAGUCAAAUCAUCUAGCGUGGAAACAAUAAAACCAGAACUUCCCCGUGGCUUGUCAGAGAACAUAAUGCAGCAAUCCACAAGUGAUGUAUCCACAUCAAAAGCCUCAUACUCUGAGGAUCCAAUACCAAUGACUAAAGCAGGUGAGGCAAAAACACAAAGUGUGGCACUAUUUUCUAUAGAGGCAGCGCAAAAUACGACUUCAUGCCUGAAUGAUAGCAAUGGUCACUUAAAUACCUCAGCCUCAGUAAAAGUAAAACCAAAUGUUAAAAAUCAGCAUAGUUUAGAAGAGAUAGAGAAUGGUUUUAAUCUUGAAAAAACAAUUACAAAAGAAAAAUCCAAAGUCACAAGUGCCACUAAACAGUCAGGAAAACCACAAAUAUCUCUGGUUCAAUAUUUCCAAACCCCUGGUGGAGUCAGUCCAUCAACAACCAAUAGUCUCAAUGUCCAACACGCUGCCAAGCCAGUUAAAGACCUAGUUAACAGUAAAAAGAUGGUUGUUCCGUCUUCUGCCACAGAUUACGAGCCCAAAUUAUUGUGGGAUGCCACAAGAAAUGAAGCGUCCCUUUCAGAAAUCCAGCAAGCUAUCAAACUGGUUUCUGAAUCCCCACCGCCCAGGAAAGUGACUUCUGAAGGGAUGUUAAAUGAACAAAGUAAAGAAGAUACUCAACUAAAUAGAACAAACACAGAAAACAUUUUAUCUUAUGUGUCUCGUAACUCCGAAUUAAAUCUUUACAAAACAAACCCUGAGCCCCAUUUCUUAAAUAUGUUCUCCAAAGAAUCCUUAAUUGCUAACACAGGAUCUGUUUUGCAACACAAGCCUGUCACAGCAUCUGUAUGUUCUGCACAUUGUAGUCUUAGCACAGCCUCUGCUGCUCUCCAAAGCACAACAUUUAUGCAACAGCUUCACACUGAAACUACAAUUCCCAGCAAUAGUCAAACUGUAGGACACAGGACACAAUUUCCGGGACAAAGUUUCACUUUCACAGCUUUUCAAGAAUCAAGUGCACCACAAACACCAGCUGUUGAUUGUAACUUAGUGGGCAAAUCUGCCACAGAAACCAAAAUACCUGAUGGUUUAGAUACUAGAAGCAAGUCACCCAACUUUUCAGGCAAUAAAUUCCCUCCAUAUAUGACCUGCCCUGUGUCCACAAAAGGCUCCCAAAAGCUCACCAAAACUAUUGAGAACGUACUUCAAAACACACUGAGUAGCAUAUUAUCUGAUGGCCAAGAGAAAAGUGUGAAUGGAACACAUUUCUACAAAAACUUAAUAAGAACUAAGGCAGAGGCCACACAAGUCUUUGGAAGCAGCCAUAGCGUCCCCGCUAAAGGCGCAAAACGGUCAAGCAAAGUUAAUGCAGAAGUGAAACUCCCCACUUGCGAUAAUAUCAACACUUCCAGAGUGAGCAACCCAGCAGGACACACAGAAUCCCAACUCACCAAUGCAAGAGUAGAUUUAUUGAUUCCAAAAGCACCAAAAGAGUGCCCCAGUGCAGAAAUGACAGCUGAUAAAAGUCAAACAAGAGGUAUUUUCAAAACAAGACCAGCUCUUUGUCUUUUAAAAGGAAGCACAGAGCUGAACACUCCUAGCCGUGAAGACCAACUGUCUGCAAGAUUGAUAGCCGUCGGCAAGUCGUACACCGACUCGGCCUCAUCUGGACAACCAGAAGGUUCAGAGACAGCUCAACACGUUGGACACGUCGCGGAAAUUGCACAGUCCAACAAAUCCAAUUCAAGCAUCAAUAUUCACAUCCACAGCAAGCCUAAUACAGAAUCCAUUAUGCCUUCGAUGACAGACCAAGAAGUGAGCAUUCAACCAUUAUUUGAUCACGUUGCACCAAAAAGCCCUCAGCUGGGAUUAGACAGAACCGAGAGUCUACCGGCUGCAAAUACACUCAUCAGUGCACUAUCUGUUUGUGGCAGUGUUGCUCAAACAAGAAUCUACACAAACUCAAAAGCAGAUGAUAGACAGAUCGCCAACGUUCCUGCUAAGCGCAGAUCAUCUGAGACAUCUGCCUCACAAAGUAAAACUAAAUCCACCGUAAAAGAACAAUUCCCUUUAGUUAAGCCAAUUGUAGUGGAUGAAUCUGUUGCAAGUCUCGCUACAAGGGCUAAACAUUUUAUAAUGUCUGAAACACAGGCAAACAUGUCCUCUUCUUCUGGUUAUGUCAAGGCUCACAGUGUAGAACAACAAAGAAUUGCAAGUCAAAGCAUGUUGUCUGGAGAUAAAACUCUAACAACUCAGACUGGAGUGAAACAAUCUAUCAGUGAAACCAACAAAUCUAUAGAAACUAAUACUCACACUCUACAUACCGUCAAACGCACUCAUUUAAACAACCACACUACCACAGACAUUCAACCUAUUGUUUACGCUACAAGAGAUACUAAAGGCCCACUCAUCCCUCCGGGAGUAACUCAACCCUGGAGCUCAACACGAGCCUCCUCUCUACCAGGGGCAAGACUGCGUAAUACACUGACUCAGAGCUAUUCUCCAAGUUUACCCCAGUCUCCUCAGAAUCCGGUCCCUUUAAACAAUACUGCAGACAAUAAAGCUUCUCUUAAAGAGCAGACAAAUAAUCCCAUUCCACUUCUUCAAAAUAAAACACCAAUUAGCCCCAUAGAGUCGAUCCCAGAGCAUAUCUUAAAGUCAACUCUUGUCAAAGACUCUUCGUUCUUGACUAACAGUGCAGAAGUAGAAAUACCUUUCCAAAGGAAAAAGAUAAAAACAAAUGUAGGAACAGAUUCCAGUAAGGAGGGAAAAGUCUCCUUAAUGAACGCUGAAACUAGCACUCCCAUCCAAUUAGAUGAUCCUGUUAUAACCAGUAAACCUUCCCUAAAAGGAGAACAUCCCACUAGGCAGGAAGUGUCAAGACCUGUAGAGGCAGAACCCUCAAUUAUAAAAACAGAUUCCUUAAAGUCUUCACCUGAUCCAGUCCAGAUUAGCCUGCGCACCAAUAACGUUCAGACUUGGACAGAGCUACCUGUAGAGGAGGUUUUCCCCUCAAAGCCAGCAAUAGACACUGUCAUGAAACCGUCCAUAGAAUGCGCCGCUGUGACUGACUCUGUCACUCCUGCCCCUCUGCCUCAGGCCUCAGUCUCAGUCAAACCUCCAUCCCCAAACAGAGGGCCGUCACCGCCAUCUCAGCCAAAAACUGGACUCAAAGGCAAGGACGUUCAGAGGAACGAACCAACGGCCCCGCUGACGGCGGCCCCGGCGUUCGAACCCUCCAGGAAGUCAGCGACAUCAACUGCAUCUUCGACUGCUGAAGAGAAAGCCGUGGCGGCGGAGACGUGCCGGCCGUCCACUGAGCGCAAAGCGGCCCAGAAGCCGAAAGGCCUCAAGGGGAAGCUCAGCGGAUGGACCCGGCUCAAGAAACACAUGGUCGUCGAGCCGGACGAACUGUCGUUUCCGGAGCCCAAAGCCGGACUUCAGGUCCAUUCCGCCUGCGGCAACGUGAGAACGGAUCGAGGCGGCGAUGAGGCAUCGGCAGACCAAUGUGCUUCUCAGGAAGUGCUGAACGACAAAGAGGGUCCCAAGGGGUUCAAGAUGUGGGACGUCCUCCUCUUUCAGAUGUUCUCCACCAAAGACCGAAUCAUGCACCAGAUCAACACCAACAAGAAAGAACCGGAUAAGAAAAAGGAACCUAAAGAUAAUCAAGGGGAGGUUCCUUCUUUUGUCAGUCGCCUGCCGAUAUUGUUGUACAGCCCCCGGUUUGAUGCCAGGAAGCUAAAAGAGGCGGCGGAGAAGCCGCUCUCGAAGAUAUCUGCGGUGUUCGAGAAGGGGCUGAUCAAACGCAGAUCGCAGGAAGACGAACACAAGGACUUCAACAGGAAGGCGAAAGGAUUUGGUUCAAAGAAAACUACAAAUAUUUAACUUUAAAUUAAGAAUAAGUAUAUUUGUGAUUGAUAAAUUAGUGACAAUAGGCGGAUUGAGAAUCUCAAAUAGUAAGGGGUGCUUGACCUUGUUGAUUUUUUUAAUAAUCAAAUUGAUUUUAGAAAUCAGUCCUGCAGUGAGGAGGUAGAUUAGUGUUAUUGAUUACAUGCUCGGACAAGUACUUUAGUAUAAUAGUAUAUUUCUGAUAUUUUUAUCAGUUUUGGUUAUUUAGGAGAUAUAAAUCAAUUACUUAGCUGCUAAACAAGGCAACGAAAGGGAGGAACAUUGCUGAGCAACGACUUUGUUAGAUUCUCCUUCUUUCUUUAGACGAUAGUCUGAAUGUAGCUUUGAAUGCCAGGACUCUAGAUACUACGACAGAGAGACAAUUCAUUUGACACGUUCUACCUUUUUUCUAUUUUUCUAAAGAGGCUUUUAGUGUUUACCGCUACGUUUGUAAUAUCUGUAAUCGAUAGGGCUUUUACAUUCCUGGAAGAACAGGGCAGAUAGGUUUUUGAAGAAGGAAAAACAGAGCUGGGGUGAAAGGUGAAGGUCCAGUCGCAGCGGAUUUAGGGUUCUGGAAGUGUGGAUGAAUGGAAAGGAAGAAGCAGAGGUCUGGGCACACGGGCUGGUACCUCUGAAGGCUGGGCAAUGUGGACCGUGCUCUACUUAAUUACAAAAUGUUAGCGAGCUAACACAUGAUAAGCGUUUCUUUUUGUACUUUAGCAUGUGGGCAUUGUCACAGUGAGAACUUUGGCUUGUUUGGGAGUUAUUGUGAGGACAUCUGAGCCGGGCCAUCCCAAAAUAGGAUUCUUUUUGUGCCACCAGUGUUGUGUGAGGAUGGACUGUUAAAACUUUCAGCUGACAUGUAUUCUUUGAUGGUCAACUGUGAGAGAUGGAGAUCCAUUAUUUUCCAACAAUGAUGAUUUGAUAAACAUUUCCAAACAGAUGGAAAAAUCAACCUUAGUUGGUGUUUUGUUGGCUCGAGGUGUAUCAGCCUGAACUCCUGAACAGUCACUGAGUUUAGAUUGUAACCAGGAUGUAGACCAAAGAGUUGUGAGUAGAUGAUUAAGGGGCCUGCAGUAGGAGGACUACCUGGAGAUGGAUCGAUAGCUGGAUGAGAAGCUCAUGGCCGUGUGAUGUUUCACAGCUUUGGAGAAUCUUGGUGCUGCCGUAGAAGAUGUUUGCAUGUUGUUGUUUUAAAUCUUUUUGUCUGUAUUUGUAAUUCUCAACGAGGCAUGAAGGUGAACGUGAAGUUCUUGUCUUGUAUUUCUCGCUUCUUUAUAUCAGGAUUGGAUCCUUAAAAAAAUGUUUCAAAAGAACUCAAAUGUUUUGUGUUGUUCUGUAUUUCCCAUUGAAACUUCAUCAAGAGUUAAGCACCAAUAAAACACUUCUCUCCUACUGAA